ACAAAGACACUUGCAAAAGCUGCCAUGAAUAAUCAAAAUUUGUUUAGUUUUAUACUAUUUUCAUUGCUUUUUACCUGCCAUGCAAGUCCCGUCAAAAAUCGAACUAAGCGCAUAUCCAAUGGCUUCUACGACGAAGAAGCUGUACGACUGGGAAAGUACGUCGUCUCUAUAAGGACGAGAAAUGCUCAAAAGUAUUUCGGGGACAAUCACUUCUGUUCCGGAGUCAUCCUAGCACCAAAAUUCGUAUUAACAUCCGUACACUGCCUAAUAAACCAUCGGAGGGUUUUUUAUGACAGUCGUGUGUAUCUUAUCGUGGCUGGUACUACCAAUCGACUUAAAUAUGUUCCGCACAGGACAUUUGUAACCCUCGUUAAAAAAAUUUUUGUGCCCGUUAACUUCACAAUGUACAAUAAACAAGAUGUGGGAUUAUUACAUAUCAAAACUCCAUUUCCAAGGGAUAACGAUUAUAUCAGAAUAGCUAAAUUGCCCGUUGCACCUCCUCCGGCCGGUCUUCACUGCGAAGUCAUGGGAUGGGGUCGACUGUUUCCGGGCGGUCCACUUGCAGCGCACUUGGUUUAUAUCGAUGUAAAGCUGAUUUCAACCGAGAGAUGUGCCAAACUCCUGAAUGUCCCCUUCAUUGGCGACCUAUUGUGCGCCAUUGACGAAAAAAAUACUACUAAAAAACAACCCUGCUUCGGGGAUUGGGGGGCUCCAUUGAUGCACGGCGAUAUAGUCUAUGGAAUCGUUAGCAAUAUCGUUGGAUGUGGCUCCGUCAACCAGCCAUCUGUUUACACUGAUGUCUUUGAAAUGGUGGAUUGGCUCAAUGGCAAAAUGGAGAGCGAUACGGUCAGCGUUUUCUUUUUUAUUGGUUCUUUACUGUAUUUCGCUGCAGCAUUUGUUCAUAUAGGAUCACUUAUGCUUUUUAAAUUGUUGUAAGAAAAACUAUGUAAAACUACUUCUGUAAGGUUGUCUUCACAAGUGUUGUAUCAAAACUGAAUGCUCACAUAAAUUGUUGCACUAGAACGUCAGCAAAAUAUAAAUACUCAAUAAAAAAAACUAUAAAACUAAA